GUGAGACGUUGAUUUGUAGUUUGAACACGUGGCUCAUUCAAAAAGCCGGACACUCGGAGCGGAUUUUUUCCGCCUCCUGCGCCUCCCUCCUCCUCCUCUCCGUCCCUCCUGCCAGUCACCCUUCGGGGUUCUUCUGGGGAGGCGGCGCCUGCCGCACGUAGUGUGAUAUUUUCACAGUCCGCUGGCCGUGCCAAAGGGGUUGGGGAGGAAGAGACAAAAAGUAGUUUUUUCCCCUCCUCCUUCCUCCUCCUUUCUCUUGCUAAUCCCGCCUCCUCAGAGUUAGGAAGACUCGACGUUGCGUUUGGGUUGUGGCUAGAUUUUUUUUUCUCCUUUUUUAAUACCUAGAAAAGGAAAAACAAGAACCUUCGGAUCUGAUUUUCUGCUCCUGGCUCUUGGCUUGGUUCUUUCUGUGCUGUGUAUUUUAAAGGCAAGAAGACGAGGGGAAACAAAACCCGCCGGAUCUAUCCAUCACUGUGGGUGGUUUUAAUUUUUCGUUUUUCUCAUUAAUUUUUUUUAAACCAACCACUCUUAACAAUGAACAAACUGUACAUUGGAAACCUCAGCGAGAACGCCGCCCCUUCGGACCUCGAAAGUAUCUUCAAGGACGCCAAGAUCCCGGUGUCGGGACCCUUCCUGGUGAAGACGGGCUACGCGUUCGUGGACUGCCCAGACGAGGGCUGGGCCCUCAAGGCCAUCGAGGCGCUCUCAGGUAAAACGGAACUGCACGGGAAACCCAUAGAAGUUGAACACUCGGUCCCCAAAAGGCAAAGGAUUCGGAGACUCCAGAUACGAAAUAUCCCGCCACACUUACAAUGGGAGGUGCUGGAUAGUUUACUAGUCCAGUAUGGAGUGGUGGAGACCUGUGAGCAAGUGAACACUGACUCGGAAACUGCCGUUGUAAAUGUCACCUACUCCAGUAAGGACCAAGCUAGACAAGCCUUAGACAAGCUGAAUGGAUUCCAGUUAGAGAACUUCACCUUGAAAGUUGCCUAUAUCCCCGAUGAAGUGGCCGCCCAGCAGACCCCCUCACAGCAGCCCCGCGGCCGCCGUGGGCUGGGACAGAGGGGCUCAUCGAGGCAGGGGUCUCCUGGAUCAGUGUCUAAGCAGAAACCAUGUGACUUACCUCUGCGCCUGCUGGUUCCCACCCAGUUUGUUGGAGCCAUUAUAGGAAAAGAAGGUGCUACCAUCCGGAACAUCACCAAACAGACCCAGUCCAAAAUCGAUGUCCAUCGCAAAGAGAAUGCAGGGGCUGCUGAGAAGUCAAUUACAAUCCUUUCUACCCCUGAAGGCACCUCCGCGGCUUGUAAGUCUAUUUUGGAGAUUAUGCAUAAGGAAGCUCAAGAUAUAAAAUUCACAGAAGAAAUCCCACUGAAGAUUUUAGCUCAUAAUAACUUUGUUGGCCGUCUUAUUGGUAAAGAAGGAAGAAACCUUAAAAAAAUUGAGCAGGACACAGACACUAAAAUCACAAUAUCUCCAUUGCAGGAGCUGACGCUGUAUAAUCCAGAGCGCACCAUUACUGUUAAAGGCAGUGUGGAAACGUGUGCCAAGGCUGAGGAAGAGAUAAUGAAGAAGAUCAGGGAAUCUUACGAAAAUGAUAUUGCUUCCAUGAAUCUUCAAGCACAUUUAAUUCCUGGUUUAAAUCUGAAUGCCUUGGGUCUGUUCCCGCCCACUUCAGGGAUGCCGCCUCCCACCUCAGGGCCCCCUUCUGCUAUGCCUCCCUAUCCACAGUUUGAGCAAUCAGAAACGGAGACUGUGCAUCUGUUCAUCCCGGCCCUAUCAGUCGGCGCCAUUAUCGGCAAGCAGGGCCAGCACAUCAAACAGCUUUCUCGCUUUGCAGGAGCUUCAAUUAAGAUUGCUCCAGCUGAAGCACCAGAUGCUAAAGUGAGGAUGGUGAUCAUUACUGGACCACCAGAGGCGCAGUUUAAGGCUCAGGGAAGAAUUUAUGGAAAAAUUAAAGAAGAAAACUUUGUUAGUCCUAAAGAAGAAGUGAAACUUGAAGCUCAUAUCAGAGUGCCAUCCUUUGCUGCUGGCAGGGUUAUUGGAAAAGGAGGCAAAACGGUGAAUGAACUCCAGAAUCUGUCAAGUGCUGAAGUUGUUGUCCCUCGUGACCAGACACCUGAUGAGAAUGACCAAGUGGUUGUCAAAAUAACUGGUCAUUUCUAUGCUUGCCAGGUUGCCCAGAGAAAAAUUCAGGAAAUUCUGACUCAGGUAAAGCAGCACCAACAGCAGAAGGCUCUGCAAAGUGGACCACCUCAGUCAAGGUGGAAGUAAAGGCUCAGGAAAGCCCACCACAGAGGCAGAUGCCAAACCAAAGACAGAUUGCUUAACCAACAGACGGACUUUGACCCCAUCCAGAAUCACAUGCACAAGUUGUUACCUAGCCAGUUGUUUCUGAGGACCAGGCAACUUUUGAACUCCUGUCUCUGUGAGAAUGUAUACUUUAUGCUCUCUGAAAUGUUUGACACCCAGCUUUAAAGAAAAGAAGAGAAAAGAAAAGGGGAGAGGGAGAGAAAGAGCUCUGCACUUCCCUUUGCUGUAGUCUCACAGUAUAACGAAUAUUCUAAUUUUUCUUAAUAUUCCCCCAUAGUGCCAGAAAUCGGCUUGAAUGGUGCAUUCACUAAAUUCAUCAAAAAGAUUGCUCCUAAAUCCAAUUGUUAAAAUUGGAUCAGAAUAGAAUUAUCACAGAAACUUUGAUGUUAAGCCAUUAGCAUAGAAAACCUGUUCUUUUAUUUUUAAUCUAACACUAACACAACCUAAGGGAAGUGCUGAAUGGUGUUGGCAGGGGUAUUAACGUGCAUUUUUACUCAACUACCUCAGGUAUUCAGUAAUACAGUGAAAAACAACUCUUUUUGAAAAUUUUAUAUACUUUAUAAAGCUAAAAGUCCAACUGUUUUUUAAAAAAUAAAUGUAAAACUUAACAGCUGUCAGCUAACAGGCAAAUAAGUGAAAAAUAAUUUUACUUCUGGCUGGUGACAGUAAAGCCAGAAAAUUUCAGGUUUUUUGAGGCUUCUGACACAGUUAUUAGUUGAAAAUCCAAUAAAUGUUCAAAGAUAUAGAGCAGUGCCUAUAUUCGGAGAGCAGCGAUGCCACUUAUUUGUUUAUAGUUGGAAUGUUUUUGGUGGUGCUAACAGCAAAGUGGUGGCGGCAGGUUUUGGAACACCUAGUUUUAAAUGGCUUUAGGAGACUUCAGGUUUCUUGAUUAACUAUAUGAUUGAAUACAUAAAUGCUUUGUGCUUUGACUAUCUACCUGAAGAAAGUUGUGUUGAUAGCAAAAAUAGGACUUCAAACAGGCAAAAAACAAGCUUCAACUUGUCUUACAGGAUGCUUAGUUUGCCAGUAACCUUUAAGAGCAAAUUCCAAAAGAAUUGAUUUGUGAAUAAUACAACAGGACAGUGACAGUUUAAAAUAACAAAAGGCUACAUUUCUUUGUGCCUGGCAAUGUCAAAAGCCUUGCUAACCUACUUUUAAGAAAUGGAUGAUUUUUUUUUAAGUCUGCUUAAAAUAUAUAGAUUGUAGCACACCC